GUCCCAAGAAGCAUUUUUUUUUGAGACAUCUAGUUGCGAGACCUUUCCAAAGUCUCCCGUCCUCAUUUUCCAGCUUCUCAGCUUCCAAGCCUCCCGCUUCCCGCUUCCCCAGUGGCCCGCCCCCCCUGCCUUCGCCUCGGUACCCGGUCACUUCCACCCCCCCUGGUCGCCCCCAGGCACCUUGCUUGACUCUACUCCGCCUCGCGCUCGCCUCACCUCGCUUCCUUACCUUAGACCUUCAAACCCGCUGCUUCCGGUUUCUCCAAAUCUCGCGACCAGAGCUCGUUCGAACCACAAACGCCAGCCUCUCUUUUCGCGAUGCAAGCUCGAGACGCUUCAGGCCGAAAGGUCUCGUUACUCAACGACGACGGUGCCGGCUACCUGGCCCAACGAUCUCUAAGCUACCACUCUAACCAUGCCCUCGCGCAACAAUACUCCGUCUCCGGAAGCGCCGCUUCCUCGCCCAACACUCCCGAGCUUCUGCGUUCCGACUCAUACGACUCCCAAAUGAGCAACGACCCCGUUUCGCCUUUGACUCCCAACGUUGACUAUUAUCCGCGACAUCAAUCCGUUUACUCCAUCCCCCACGAGUAUGGCGUCGAUGCCCACUCAGCCAAACCCGCAGCCUACGCCGAGAGCUCUCGCUCCGCAUCCUUUGACGAUGACCUCUCCAACCAACCCGCCGCAUCGCCCAUGCCCGACCGGCCCAGCAAGCGCUACCCAUGUCGCUAUCGCGACAGCCACGGCUGCGAAAAGACAUUUACUACCUCGGGUCACGCCUCGCGCCAUUCGAAGAUCCACACCGCUGAGAAAGCUGUUCACUGCACUUUCCCAGGCUGCCAGAAAAAGUUCACCCGAGCCGACAACAUGAAGCAACACCUGGAGACACACUACAAAGAGAAGACGCGAUCCUCGAGUCAACGAGGCCACAAGACCUCCUUCGCCGAAGCCCGCCGCAACUCCUCGUCGGGGCGUAGCUCCGCGUCCAGUCGCUCAGCUGCUUCCAGGGACUCCAAAUCCCACUGGGAGACGACAAACCAGUACCCUCUUCCCACCCCCCCGCAGCCUUCACCGAGUCUUGCUAGUGGAGCAUGGGACAUGCGUGGUCUCAACCUCCCCCUGCUUAACCGCCCAGUCGCUGGCAGGACCCCCAGUGGACUGGACGCCCUGGCAAUGGCGGUGGCCUGUCAAGAGGGUGGUUCCUGAGCUUCUUCGGCUCUAACUGGUUGACACCUGACUUACAUCCCGCGUCACCCCUCACCAUCCAUCACCAAACCGCAAUCCGCCCUAGUUGAUAAUCCUAAUCUUACUCAUCGACCACGCCAAAACUCCACCUCAUCCUCACCGCAACCAACCUCGUCUUACCAGACACGACACCACCUCACACCCUUACAUACGAAGCAUGGUUUUUUCUUCCUUUUUCGGCUACUGAUCUUGUUGGCUGCGGGAUGUACGAAUACACGAAAGGCAAUCCUAAGGGAAAGGCGUUUUCUUCCGGUGCUUAUCUUUUUCAUGGGGAUUUGAUGAACAUGGGCGGUGUCAAAAGUACACGAAAUGGCGCCUAGCAUGAUUUUCCAUCUCAUCUGGUUUUUAGAUAUAUGACGACAGGAAACCUUUGGGGAUAUUCCAUGGAGAGAAAAGGCACGGCGUUGGGCGAUUCUUUUUUUU